AUGAAAGUCGAUUCUUCUGUCAAGAAAUAUUGCAGACAGCGCCAAAGUGUUUCCUCACGUACUCAACAUAACGUUCAAAAUGCGACAACUCCUCUGGUGAAUGAUAUUGAUUCUUCAGUAUUGACACAAAGGUCAAAUACUUUAUUACCUCAACUAAAUCCAUUAAUGUUAAAUCAACCACACGCAACACUCUUCUCUCUCCCUUCUGAAUUAGUUACUAGAAUUUCAUUUUACUUAACUUUACCUGACUAUUCACGUACAUCACGUACUUGCAAAUCUUUACACACACAUUUUCAAAAGGAGUUGAUUUUAUUUCUUCGGCAUGUUUAUGGGCUUUCAGUUAGAUCUGGGUCAUUAAUUCUUUUUGCUUAUGGUGCUCACCUUCAAUAUCGAGCACCACGUUUGCUUGAUCGUAUCAUGGAUGAAUUUUUUGUAGACGUUGGUGACAAUCUUAAUAUUGGAUCAUCUAAUUCUAAAACUCCAAUCUCUUUACGUCAGGCAAACUCACGAUGGCCUACAUAUUGGUCAGUUUUAUAUUCGCUUGAUAGAUUACCACCCUUAGAUCCCCCACAAAAUUAUACCCCUUCAGCAUUAUCAUGCUGUUCAGAUCACAAUGUGGACAAUUGCAACAUUCAAUCACAUCAGAAUAUAUCAUGUUAUUGUUCUGAACAAAUGGUUAAUUUGAACCCGAAGUUACAAUUUCUUGAAAAAUAUGCGUCAAGAAUGAAUGCCAAGUUUGCAAAUCGACUUGGUAGAGGAGGUGAAAGACAUUGUAGCCUUGGACGUCGUAACGAAUGGUUUCUUUCAGAUGUUCGACAAAAAAAAACUUAUAGGAUGUUAAUUAUGCAAAAUAUUAAAUACGGAGAUGUUGAACUUUUAAGAUUUUAUUUGGAAAAAUAUGGUGCACCUAUUAAUGGCGUUGUUAGGUUCACACCAGAG